AUGCCUCCCCAACCACACACCACCCACCUCCUCACCACCAACUGGCAAUUUCACCGCCUGGGCGACCCCCCCACAAAAUGGCAUCCCGUCCCCCACCUCCCCUCAGACAUCCACACCGAACUCAUCAACUCCUCCCUCCUCCCUCACCCCUUCCUCGACCUAAACGAACUCGCCACCUCCUGGGUAGCCGACCAGACAUGGAUUUACCGCCUCACUUUCCCCACCCCCGCCCACAACCCCGAUGCCGUCAUCGACCUUGUCUUUGAAGGCCUGGACACUUUCGCGACAAUCACCCUGAAUGGCCGGGUAAUCAAACAGACAGACAACAUGUUUGUUUGUUGGAGGGUGAAUAUUAACGAUUUUGUCGCCGGGGAAGAAGAGAACAUCUUGGAGAUUACCUUUGAUAAUGCACGGGAGAGGGGUCUGCAGUUGGUGAAGGACCAUCCGGAGCAUGAGUUUAUUGUGCACCAGACCGAAGUGAGCAGGGGCCCGGUGAGGAAGGCUCAGUACCACUGGGGAUGGGAUUGGGGGCCGACACUCAUGACGUAUGGGCUUUGGAGGCCGGUCAGAAUAGAGGUGUAUGAGAGUAGGAUUGGGGAGGUGGCGGUGAAAUAUAAUGUUGAUUUGAGCGAGGGCGGAGAGGAGCCGGAGGUGGAGAUUGGGUUGUGGGUUGGGAUUGUUGGGCGGGCAGGGUGGGCAGAGGUGGAAGUUGACUUUCAGGGGAGAACAAUGGUUGCUUUCACAGGAGAACAGGGGAAGUUGAUCAAGAAUGGGGAGCAUCCUGAGACGUGGGAAUAUUCAGCAUCGAUGGUCAGGUUGGAAGGUGCAAAGCUGUGGUGGCCGAAAGGGUACGGCGGUCAGAAUUUGUACGACGUGCGAGUGAGGAUUUUCGAUGCCGAAGGCGGGACGGUUCUGGCAGAGCAUAAUCAAAGAGUCGGGUUCCGCAAGGCAGAGUUGGUCCAGGAGCGGGAUGGGUAUGGACAUUCGUUUUACUUUCGGGUCAAUGACAUCGAUGUGUUCGCUGCUGGCUCGAACUGGAUUCCUGCCGACUCCUUCCUGUCACAAGUUACCCCCGAUCGGUACAGGAAUUGGCUACAAAAUGCGGUUGCGGACGGUAAUCAAAACAUGAUCCGAGUUUGGGGAGGAGGUGUGUACGAACACGAUGCAUUUUAUGACGCCUGUGACGAGUUGGGAAUCCUUGUUUGGCAGGAUUUCAUGUUUGCGUGCGCCUCCUACCCGACGUACCCCGAAUUCUUGAUGUCAAUCGAGAUGGAAACAAGACAAAAUGUUACACGUCUCCGAAGCCACCCUUCGAUUGUGCUGUGGUGCGGCAGCAACGAAGACUAUCAAAUUCAAGAGCGAUACCAGCUCGACAACAAUCGUUCAGACAACGACCCAGAAUCCUGGUUAAAGAGCUCAUUCCCGGCAAGAUACAUUUACGAAGAGCUCUUACCCCGGAUCGUCAGGGAGGAGUCACCCUGUCCAAACACUCUUCUAUACCACCCAUGCAGUCCCUUUGGAACCGGUGCUUCAACCACUUUGGAAGUAGAUCCUACCGUGGGAGACAUACACCAGUGGAACCUUUGGCACGGCGAGGCAAAACCAUUUCAGUGCCUACCCGAAAUGGGCGGGAGGUUUGUCAGUGAGUUUGGGAUGGAGGCCUAUCCUCACUUUGAGACGGUGCAGAGAUUCGUUACCGACCCCAAGGAACUCUAUCCAGGGAGCAAGACGCUAGACUUUCACAACAAGGCCAUCGGUUACGAAAGGAGACUUAUGGCGUAUCUUGGCGAGAACUAUCGGCUCGUUUAUGAUAUCAAGGGGUUUAUCCACCUCACGCAAAUCUUGCAAGCCGACUCCAUGGCUACGGCGUACAAGUCCUGGAGAAGAGCUUGGCAGACACAAGGAGGCAAUGGGAGAAAAUGCGGGGGAGUUCUUGUUUGGCAGUUGAAUGAUUGCUGGCCAACAAUUUCAUGGGCCGUGGUGGAUUACUAUGGUAUCAAAAAGCCAGCUUGGUACGCCAUGAAGCGCGCGUUGGCUCCUAUUGCAGUGGGAGUGAGCAGGGCAUUUUGGGAUUGGACAAUGAGACCAGCGGAUAAUUUGUGGAAGAAACACACUGGUCAUGUUGAUCCGACCUUGUCGACCAAAAAAGUGGUGUAUGAUGUGUGGGUGUCGUCUGAUGGAACUACUCACCCGAACAAGGAAGAUAUAGAGGCAACAGUGAGGACCAGGUUCAUAUCAGUUGCUACUGGGAAGGAUAUCUUAUUUGAUAUCCCUGAAUCAAAAACAGUAUCAAUUAAGCCGAACGGGGUUACUGACGUUUCGCUGAGUUCGGAACUCAACUGGGAAGGGAAGCAGGAGGAACCAAUCGUGAUCUACGUUUCACUCUGGAUCAACAACGAGAAAGUAAGCAGCGAUUGUUCCUGGCCAGACCCUAUCAAGUACUUGGACUUGAGUGAGAGGGGGCUUCGCCUGGAGUACCCGGCAGAAAACGAAGUGACGAUCCGGACAACGAAGCCAGUGAAGGGAUUUGUGUUCUCGGAAAAAGAGGGAGUUACACUGAGGGAUAAUGGUUUUGAUGUCGUCCCGGGGGAAAUUGUGACGGUGCAACUGGAGGGGAUAAAGGUUCGAGAGCUGGAAUGGACCCCCCGCGAAUCAUCGGCCUCGCCCGCGACUGAUUAUGGGGAGAAUAUGAUGUAUCAGCUUCGAAAUGUUUCACAAGAGACGCCGUAUUCCCCGGUUGACGGCAUCCUCUGGCAUGAGGCGGGUGUCAACAUCGAAAGAGCUGUGGAAGAACUAUAUUGGCACAUUGAGUUAUCUGCAUGUGACACGAUUUUCUUCACCGGUUGCUAUACACACUCUCGAAAGCGGCCUUCGUAUCCGCUUGAGUAA